CUGUUUGCCAUGGAACAGCCAUUCUCGACGUCAAAAGUGACCGUCGAGUACUUCGAUCCUCACGAUGUUUACAAGCUCCUCGCCCCUGGUUUGAUCCCCAGACUACCACUACGAAACCUAAACUGGCAAUCGCAUGCUGGACCUCUGCGGUCGAUCGAUAAACUUCAUGUCGAGCUCCUCAAGGGGGAUGACGCUGAGGCGGAUCCAUCUCCUUAUAAACUUCGACGAUCAGGGAGCACAGUAGAUGACGGUUUUCAACAACAAAACUUUGGAAGCGGUACCCAAGCGCCAUCGGCCGAUCAGAUAGACACCCAAUCUCUACCGUCGAGGGCAAUUGGAAGUCAACGACGACAUCAGAUUCCUGGUCUGCGAAGAACACCUUAUCUCAAGGUACUGCUAGUAAGAUGCGACGACAAUGAAACAUACAAAACCUCCGUCCGGGCCGAGAUUCGAGAAUGGAUCAAAGAACAGAUACCUUCAUCGACCAACCCGAAGCGAAACAGCCAACAAGAGAAGCACGAUGCCUUUGAUUACUUGAUCUUGCACGUUGUUCUUCCCAACACAGUGGCCUCAACGCAGCCAAGAACAAGCGGGCGCUCCGAGAGCACUUCAGAGAAGAGUGGCCCACGAUGGCGCACUGGAUCGACGCCUCUUUUUGAGAAGCUUCGUACGGACUUCUCUGGUAUUGGAAAGACAGCGCCGGACCGAGUUGCUCAGAUCCGAAUUGGAAUCAACGACCUCCCUUAUGAUCAACUCCCGAGAGUAGUUCCCGCAGUACCGACAGGGUAUCUCGAAGACGAGCACGAUGCCGAGAACGCUUGGGGAGAGCUUAUUGCAAAGUUAAAGAGCCUUAUUCUUACCUCAUUCGACUUGCGCGUGACUCAGUACGAAGAAGACAUCAAAGAAAAAGACGGCCAGCGAAGUCUACCUGGGUGGAACUUUUGUACUUUCUUCAUCCUCAAAGAGGGUUUGGCGAGAGGCUUUGAGAGUGUUGGUCUUGUAGAAGAUGCAUUGGUCGGAUACGACGAGCUCAGCGUUGGGCUUGACUCCGUUGUCAAUGAACAGGCCGAUGAAGGGUCGCCUACAAGGCACGGGGGCACAUUGCUCAGUUACACUGAAGAACUGAAGACUAUUGUCAAUGCUGCUCUUGCCAAGUCACCUGGCGGAGAAACAGCUGAUGAAGAGGCUGUGGAUCUUCAGUCGAACGAGACGAUUAAGGAACAGUUUGAUGAAAUACCUAUCAAUGCGACCAAGAAGGCUUACAGAGACAAGAUUCUUGCCAACGAUGUUUCUGUGUUUGAUUUUAGGUGCUACAUCUUUGCGCGGCAAGUAGCACUACUUUUGCGCCUUGGAAAUGCUUGGUCGUCGCGGGAAGAUCUGUUGGCCAAGCUUAAAGAACAACAAGAAUCUGUCUUGCAUGGAGUUGCCCCUCUAGCGCCCCCUCCAAAGCAUACUGAAGAGGUAGAAAACUUGUCCAGUCUGGGUGAGAUAUGUCGAAGGACUUUGGCGUUCAUCCCAAUUGUGUCCCAGAUUUUGCGCCGAGAUAUCCUUGCUGCUGUGGCAGACGACAAGUCUGAUGAGGACGAUUCACCUAUUGAUCCUAAUUUGUCUGAGGUUAUGGACAAUGUGGUUGCCUCUUUCGCCUUUUCUGUUGCUCAGCAGAUUUUGGCUCAGACAGCAUCAAAGUCUUUGCCCAUUCCUCCAUCAACCCUCGCCCCCGCCCAGAGCGACGAGCAAAAGACAUCUAUCCCUGAGCCAAAGACCAUGAUGCACCCUGCGCGAACCACGUCACUUCAUGUUCAAACAGGACUAGCACCUGGAACUCGUCCUCCACUAAGCCCUGGUGUUUUCCCCGGCCCUGGUAUGCCGCAGGUCAGCAAUGAUCAGGAGGCCCUCUACCUCAAGGCAGGCCUCGAAGACUUGGCCGCUAGACGCGCCGAGCUUUACAUGCUUUCUCGGAGCAUUCUCGGUGGUCUAGGUAAGAAGCGUGGAUGGAGCGAUGGCUGGAAGGAAGCGCCUAUCAUUGCAGAAGCCGAGGCAGACUUUGAAGAGAUAAGUUUGGAUGCACCGCCGUCAACAGAUGCCACUACUUCAGAGGAUAUCCCGCCCUUGGAUAUGGGUGUGAACAAUAGUCUCCUCCAGACUGCAAUUGACAGUGCAGAGAACUUUUAUCGCCUAUAUGAGAUUCUUACAGAUAAGGCACUUCGACACUACACUGUCGCGAACCAUGACCACGCCGUACAGGCUAGUAUGGCAGAUCUUGCUGUGCUCAAGUUCUCCCUCGAAGACUUUGGUGCGGCUGCCUCUUAUUUCUAUCGGGCAACGCCUUUCUUUGGCGAAAGCGGAUGGACCUCGCUCGAACUAUCUAUGCUUGUCAUGUACCUCCAUUGUCUCCGUGAGAUGAAGUCAAAGGAUGACUACGUCAGAGUCGCUCUCAAAUUAUUGACCAAGUCAUGUGCUGCUGAAAAUGAGAGACUGGAGCAACGUUCGAAGAGAGUAUCAACUAUCGGAAAGCCUGAGCCUGCGGAUGCCAUGUCAAUGAAGGGAGUGGUCGGUAACUUGUUUGACUUGGCUUCUUCUUUAUCCUCGCAAGUCAAAGUCCAUCUCUCAAAGUUUUUCACAAAUGUCGAAUUUGCUGGUGCUCCUGAGUAUUUCGAGGAAGAGGACAAAUGCUCUCUCACCAUCAAUCUUUGGAGUCUUUUGCCAGACGAUAUCAAGCUUGAUAGGAUCGACGCACGAAUAACGGUGAUCGAGGCAGGGCCUACUAGAGAAUUGUCCUUUUCAAGAACAGAAGAGGUCGUGUUACAUCCUGGUCAAAACACUAUCCAAGUUGACUGUACCUCUGUUGUUCCUGGAAAAUACAAGAUUGAUCAUCUUGGGUUAUCUUCGAGCAACCUCCUCCUUCACUUCGACAGGGAUUUCAACACAACACCGUCGCCAACAACUGACAUCUUUAGACAUCCCGAGGUUGUCAUCUUUCAGCGCGAGGGUGCUUUGGAUGUUGAGCUUACAGCUACAAAACAUACUGCCCUAGACAAGAAUAACACUCUCGAUCUAGUGCUACACCCAGGUUGGAAUUUCAUAAAGAAUUGCGAGAUCCGAAUCAAGCCAACCACGGGCGGCCUCAGACUGUUGACUAUUGAAGCCAAAGUUGUCGACUCAUCUGUUGAGUUUGCAAAGAAGCCUGAGUCUGGUGGUGUUAUCCAUUUUAACGAGAUUGAGGCCGAAACAACCGUUACCUUGCGAUUCCCCUAUUCGGUUGAGCAAGACAUGGCCGAUGUUUCUGCCAAGGUCGACGUCGCUUAUACAGUUGAGUCGGGCGAGAACUACACUUUUGCCAAGUCAAUCGUGAUUCCUAUUUCUCUGGCUCUGGGUGUCAAUGUUCAAGACGUUUUCAAACAUCAAGCUCUGUACUCACGAUUCAAUGUUUCUACGGCGACUCAUAGCCCUCUACGACUUUACAAAAGUGAACUCAUAGAGGCGGAUUUGUUCGAGUCUGAUUUUGGCGUCCCACCUACCGACUCAACAAUCGUGUUCUCAAAACAACCAGCUACGCUCCUAUAUCGUAUCAAGAGAAAGACAAGUGUCAGAUCUAGCAAGCGAGCUGCAAGGACCAUGUAUCUGAAGCUUUAUUACAAUGUCCUUCAAACAGAGAUUGAGGAGGCUCUUGUGAAUUCGAUAUUCGGUGCUCUCGAUGACCCUAGUCUAGCUUCGUUCUCAAAGCUUGUUCGGGCGGUUGUUGUUAGGGAGGCAAAGACAUUGCAGCCUAUUGAUCUCGAACGAACUGCGCUAUUGGGAGCCGUAUCUACCGGUUUCCUAGAUGAAGUUAAAUGGGAAAAGCACUUUGCCGGCAUUGGAAAAGUUCCUGGCACUCAGGAGGACGCAACGGACAAAAUCUCUUCUGCCAUCAAGACCUGGCAAGCCUCGAACGCUCAAGUCCCACUCUCAACGACACCGCCUGAUGAACCAUGCACUCUUCUCAUCCCAGUCGAGAUUCCCUCGCUGCCUAUUCUUCACACAGCCGAUAUACAACUUCAAACUCCAGUGACAGAAUUGAUGGACCAGAACCCUGGUGUGGUUCCUACUGUGGCUAUCAACCAGAUGCUCACGGCUACACUUCAUCUGAAAUGGACACAGAUCUGGGAUACUGAGAUGCAGCAUAAGAAGGAUGUCGAAUACAGCUACGAAGUUUCCGCUCCAGCCGAUACAUGGCUUCUCGGUGGUCGUCGCAAAGGCCACUUUGUCAUCCCUGGUUCAAAACGCGAGCCUCUCUCCUCUUCAUCCGAUACGGAGGCUCAAGUCCCUCUCAUAUUGAUUCCUCUACGAGAAGGCUGGCUGCCUUACCCUAUCGUUGAGAUUCGGGAGGUCAAGGACGGAGUCGAGAAUCAGGCACAGACAUGCGAGUUGGACUUUAGAAACCUGGGCGAGUCGAUACGGGCUGUGUGUGAGAGGAAGGGUGUGACUAUUAGCCUGGACGCAAGCGGACCAGGAGGAGGGCCUUUGGUGCUGGAGAGCGAGGAACCUAAUCGUGAUAGGGGAAGAAUAGUUGCUUAG